AUGUACACCUCCUCGCUCCUCGCUCUCUUGCCUUUGUUGGCGCUCGCUCCCAGGCUGGACGCGUCCCCUAUCCGAGUGGUGAAACGAGAGGUGCCUCAAGAGCACUCUCACGAACAGUUCUUGACGACCGUUCGGGCAUCGCUCAACAUCGAUAACCCUCAGAAUAUCAAAGACCCUGUUUUUGCGCUACUCGGAAACGCUGCCGCCGCCGCCGGCCAAGGCGACGUCACCAACACCGACUGUCUCCAACAAGCCGUCGCCGACCAAGCCUUUACCAACGCCAAGGCCGCUGGGGAUGUGGCUGGCCAGACGGCAGCGUUGAUUUAUCGAGCUUUGGAGAGGAAUACGGCAUCGGUCGGGUUGGCUAGUGUUGCUUGUAACGAGACUGCUACCAACCCCGAAAUCGCCGCCAUCUCCCAGCAUCAAGACCCUGCUUCGGACGGCGCCGCGGCAACCAACAAAGCUAUCACUCUCGAGCUCGCCAAGCAGAUCGCCUCCGUCGGCGGAGACCCCCUCGAUGCGCUCAAGAGCGGUACCUUCGCCGCUGGAGACACUACCGACAAUACAGGGGCGGGGAAUACAUGCGACGACGCAGAUGACGCGGAUGGGUGUAUCUUUACGCAGAACUUGUUGCAAGAGGAUGCUACGGAAGCAGAGAUUUGCUCGGCUGUUGAUGGAGUGAGCGCUGCUACUGCCACCGUUUCUGGUUCCUCCGGCUCUUCAGCUGCUGCCACUGAGAUCUCCGCCACCGCCGCUUCCAGUUCGAGCGCGGCUGCUUCGACCGCUACGUCGAGUACCAACGCUGCGGCUGCGGAUAUUGACAUCGGAGACUGUACCGACUUUUCAAUGACCUUUGCCGGUGGUCUCGACAACCGAGCGGCUGAUGAGUUUACUUUCGAACCUACGGAUCAGACACAUUUCAACCACGGCUCAGCGCUCAACCCUUCCAUCAUCACCACCGCCAUGUGCGACACCUUCGUUAACGCCUGUGCCAAGAGCGCCUCGACGAGGGAUGCUUGUAAGACUGUAGCGGCGGACCUUGACUCGCAGGUUACUGCUGGGACGCUGGCGAAGGAUCAGACUUUUGCGGAUGCUUGGUUGUCCGGACUUGAGAGUACUUUCGGCGUCACUUCGACUGGUCAAGGGUCUGCUGGAUCUUCGGCCAACGCAACCACUGGUGCUGUCUCCAGUACCGGUACGAACGCUGCUGCUGCGACAGACACGCUUGAUGUUGGCGCCUGCACCGACUUUUCCAUGACGUUUGCUGGUGGUCUCGACAACCGCGCCGCCGACGAAUUCACUUUCGAACCUACCGACCAAACAAACUUUGCCCACGGCUCCGCUCUCAACCCCUCCAUCAUCACCGCCUUCAUGUGCGACACUUUUGUCAACGCGUGCGCGCAGUCGGCGGCUACGAGGGAUGCGUGCAAGACGGUAGCUGCGGAUUUGGAUAGUCAGCUUGCGUCGGGGGCCUUGGCGAAGGAUCAGGGGUUUGCGGAUGCUUGGUUGACUGGGCUUGAAUCUGCGCUGGGUGUCACAUCGACUGGUACUGGAUCGGGCUCUGGAGCUAGUUCGGCGGCUGCAGCGACAAGUGCAGCGGAUGAUAGCGCCUCUGUCUCUUCUUCCACCUCAACCACCUCCUUGACGGCGGCUUCUACCACCAGCGCUGCUGAUGCCGCUGGUGUCUCUUCUACUUCCUCAGCUUCUACAGCCUCUUCCACGACGGCUGCUUCGGGCGAUAACCUCCAAACCUUCACCGGCGCUCUCAACGGCGUCACCGCCACGCCUGUCACGAACGUCGGCGGGGACAGGCCGUUCCAGGUCAAGACGGAUACGUUUGUCAAUUCUGCUGCUGCACUCCAGAGGAGUUGCGAUCAACAGUUCAACGGGUGUGCGAAUGCUGCCAAUUCUGGGAGCGGAGAUUCGACCGUUAGUGAUUGUUCGGCGCAGAAAGAUCAGUGUGAUGCUGCUGCUACCGCUUAA